UAAAAAAGCAUAAAAGUUUCACAUAUAUGCACUGCAUUAAACAAUCGAUAAAAUGUUUUAAGAAUUAACAGAAAUUAAAAUAUAAGAGAGAGCAUUAGGAAGAUUUGAAUAAAAAGAGUUUAUAUAAUAAAUAAAGAAAUGCACAAGUUGACUAUGCUAACAGAAGAAGAAGAAGAAACAGUGCAUGAAAUAGUAUAGUAAGAACACAUUCUCUCCCAUGUCUAAUGUCGGAGAAACUUCCAACAAGUCCAAAGCUUCCCCGUCAUUACUUGCUGUUUAACAGCUGUUGCAGUGUCCAAGACCUCACGAGCUCUCAAACUAUUACAACUAAUCCUUUCAAUUUAAUAUUUACUUUAUAAACCAUCACGUUUCCAUUAACAAUUCUUCUCCUCAGUAUUCUUCCUCAUAAAACAGUUGCUCUGUUUUUUUCCCCCUCUCAAUGGCUUUCCCCAACUCGUCCAUCCAUUUUCUAUCCACGUUUUCCAUAGUGUACUGAAACCAAUGGUGGAAAACCAGAGAGCAUAGCUAAUGGAAGCAUUGAAGAACAGCAAGAUGCAAUUGAAAACCCAAUUGUUGUUGCUCUUCUUCUUUUACUGUUACAUUAGUUUCUCUUCAAAUGGUGUUUCUGCUGUGGCUAAUGAUGAAGUAUCUGCUUUACUCGCGAUAAAGUCAGGUCUCAUCGAUCCGUUAGAUAGCCUUAAAGAUUGGAAAUUGCCAGAGAAGGUGGUUGGUAAGUAUGCAGCUCACUGCAAAUGGGCUGGUGUGCAGUGCAACACAGAGGGAUAUGUGGAGAAGCUUGAUCUCUCCCACAUGAAUCUCAGUGGACGUCUGUCCGAUGACAUCCAACGACUGAGAAGCCUCGCGUAUCUCAACUUGUGUGGCAAUGGGUUCUCAUCUUCAUUGCCAAAAUCCAUAUCCAAUCUCACAACAUUGAAAAGCCUUGAUGUCAGCCAGAAUUUCUUCACUGGGGGUUUUCCAGUAGGAGUUGGAAGAGCAGCUGGACUGACUAUCGUCAAUGCCUCAAGCAAUAACUUUUCGGGAAUUCUUCCUGAAGAUCUUGGAAAUGCCACUUUGUUGGAGGUUUUGGAUCUCAGAGGGAGCUUCUUUGAGGGGUCGAUUCCAAAAUCUUUUAAGAAUCUGCAGAAGCUGAAGUUUCUUGGCCUUUCUGGGAAUAACCUGACAGGCCAAAUCCCAGCAGAGCUUGGACAGCUUUCAUCACUGGAGAGUAUAAUUCUUGGAUACAAUGAAUUUGAAGGUGGAAUCCCAGUGGAGUUCGGAAAUCUCACCAAUCUUAAAUAUCUAGAUUUGGCAGUUGGCAAUCUUGGAAAACAAAUUCCAGCUGAACUGGGGAGGCUGCUGCACCUAGAGACUGUUUUCUUGUAUAAGAAUGAUUUCGAAGGCAGAAUUCCAUCAGAAAUUGGCAAUAUUACUUCAUUACAACUGCUAGAUCUCUCUGAUAAUAUGCUAUCAGGGGAAAUUCCUGCUGAACUAGCUGAGCUGAAGAAUCUACAGCUCCUAAAUCUAAUGUGCAACCAAUUGUCGGGUUCGAUACCUCCUGGAAUUGGAAAGUUGGCUCAUUUAGAAGUUCUUGAGCUCUGGAACAAUUCGUUUUCAGGUCCUUUGCCUAUUGAUCUUGGCAAGAAUUCAGCAUUGCAGUGGUUGGACAUAUCAUCCAACUCAUUCUCUGGUGAGAUUCCAGCAAGCUUAUGCAAUGGGGGCAAUCUCACCAAGCUGAUCCUGUUCAACAAUGCCUUCUCAGGUCCCAUUCCAGUUGGCCUAUCAUCGUGUUUCUCAUUGGUUCGUGUUCGAAUGCAGAACAAUCUUCUAUCCGGGACAAUACCUGUUGGGUUUGGCAAGCUUGGGAAGCUACAGAGGUUAGAAUUGGCAAACAACAGUCUUACUGGUAUAAUCCCAGAUGACAUUUCUUCUUCCACUUCACUUUCUUUCAUUGAUUUCUCUAGAAAUCAUCUCCAUUCUUCUCUUCCUUCCACCAUUCUUUCCAUUCCCAGCCUCCAAAAUUUCAUAGUUUCGAAUAAUGACUUGGUAGGAGAAAUGCCAGACCAAUUCCAGGACUGUCCAUCACUUUCUGUUCUGGAUCUCUCAUCAAAUCAUUUCUCUGGAAGCAUUCCAGCAAGCAUUGCUUCAUGUGAGAAAUUAGUAAACUUGAAUCUCAGAAACAACCAGUUGAGCGGAGAAAUCCCGAAGGCAAUCGCCAUGAUGCCUACAUUGGCCAUUCUUGAUCUAUCCAACAAUUCUUUAUCAGGUGGAAUACCUGAAAACUUUGGAAUAUCUCCAGCCUUGGAAACUCUCAAUGUCUCAUACAACAGGUUAGAGGGUCCUGUUCCAGCAAAUGGUGUGCUGAGAACGAUAAACCCAAAUGAUCUUGUGGGCAAUGCUGGUCUCUGUGGUGGUGUUCUUCCUCCAUGUUCAAAAGAUUUAGCAUUCACAUCUCGCCAAAGGAAUUCACACGCAAGGCACAUUGUUGCCGGAUGGGUCAUUGGAAUAUCAUCUGUUUUAACAAUUGGGAUUUUGCUUCUUGGUGCUCGAUCUGUGUAUAAAAGAUGGUAUUCAAGCGGGCAUUGCUUUGGAGAAAGCAUCCAAAUGGGCAAUGGAGAGUGGCCAUGGAGACUGGUGGCAUUCCAGAGACUUGGCUUUACAAGUGCAGACAUCCUUUCUUGCUUGAAGGAAUCAAAUGUGAUAGGAAUGGGAGCAACUGGGGUUGUUUAUAAGGCUGAGAUGCCGCGAUCAAACACAGUUGUUGCCGUUAAAAAGUUAUGGAGAUCAGGAACAGACAUUGAAACUGGGAGCAGUGAUGAUCUUGUUGGGGAAGUGAACCUUCUGGGGAGGCUAAGGCAUCGAAACAUUGUCCGGUUGUUGGGAUUUCUUCAUAAUGACACAGAUGUUAUGAUUUUAUAUGAGUUCAUGCACAAUGGAUGCCUAGGAGAAGCUUUGCAUGGCAAGCAAGCGGGGAGAUUACUUAUAGACUGGGUUACCAGAUACAACAUCGCACUCGGGGUUGCCCAAGGACUUGCUUAUCUCCACCAUGAUUGCCACCCACCUGUCAUCCAUCGAGAUGUCAAGUCCAAUAACAUUCUACUGGAUUCGAAUCUCGAGGCAAGGAUUGCUGAUUUUGGGUUGGCAAGAAUGAUGGUCAGGAAGAAUGAGACAGUCUCCAUGGUUGCUGGGUCCUACGGCUACAUUGCCCCUGAGUAUGGAUACACAUUGAAGGUUGAUGAAAAGAUAGAUAUAUACAGUUAUGGAGUUGUUUUAUUGGAGCUCCUCACCGGAAAACGGCCAUUAGAUUCCGAGUUUGGAGAGUCGGUAGACCUUGUUGAAUGGAUUAGAAGGAAGAUUAGGGAUAACAAAUCUUUAGAAGAAGCAUUAGACCCCAGUGUAGGAAAUUGCGAACAUGUUCAAGAGGAGAUGCUCUUAGUCCUUAGGAUAGCACUUCUUUGUACUGCCAAGCUUCCCAAAGAUAGACCUUCCAUGAGGGAUGUCAUAACCAUGCUUGGAGAGGCAAAGCCUAGGAGGAAAAGCAGUAGCAACGAAGGGUAUACGAAUACGACUAACACACAGAAGCCAGUCUUCGGUACUUCACCUGUAAAUGGCCUUCUGUAGGGAACAGAUUUAAGUUUCCCUCUCUGGUCCUUUUUUUUUUCCUGUUUGAUUCUUGUUUCGUAUGUAAUGUUUGUAAUCACUGGUUCAUAUCAGUCUAUAAGAUUUUUAGGGGUACAUUAAAAUUUGACUUUUAAGGUGCAUAUAAUGUUCUAUUUUUGUGCAACAAAGCUCCAUAGAAUCAGAAAAACCCGUCAGUUGUACCCAUUGCCCUGUAUUAGAUAACAAAGGAAACUUUUUGAAAACUAGAGAUUAGUCAAUUAAUUUCUUCCAUUGUGGCAUUCUCUCAGAAACUACUUUUUCAAUGACAAUAAUUAUCUAAGAAUACUCGGAUGGUUCAUAUACCUAUCCUAAAAGGCUAAGAAGAAAGAACAAGGCAUGGCACGAGGUUAUAGCAAAAACACAUUUAGAGCAACAUAUCCUGCAAAAUUGUUUGUGUAUAAUUCCCUGGAUUAAGAUGGAUCUGAACCAUAGUUUCUUAAGCUGAACAACUAUUGGGAUCAAAUGCAGUUAAUCAUGUAUACUUCCCAACCAGCUGUUUUAAUAAAUCCUUAAUAGGCAUUUCCAAACUUUUAAUCAGGAGAUGAAACAAUUCUGUUCGAAUUUCAAUCUCAGCAACAUGAAUGAAAGAAAAAGAUAAAAUUUCAACCAGCUCUAUGAGAGCAACAAUGAUGAUUGCAGUCAGAAAGUGGGAAAACGUGCCAACCAUUGUACUUCUAAGGUUUAAAAUACAUAAUAUCACACCAUUCCUCUCCAUUAUUGUUAUUAUUUUUUGGGGGAGCCCAUAAGGUGUGUAGAGAGUACAAAAUCAAAUGUGCAUCCCCAUAUUUACAACAUAAACAAACAGGCAUUCGCCACAGCAUAUGCAGAGUGUAUAUUAGUUACUGAGACUCGAAGCUAAUAUGAUUGGUUCUUGAAAGCAGGGAGAUAUUCCCAUCCAAAGAGUAGCAAGAAUUUAAAAAAAAAAAAAAAUGAAAAUUACCAGAAAUGGCAACCAAGCUGAACAGAAGAGCUGCCGACCCUUUUCUUUUUUUUUCUUUUUUUUUUUUUAAAUU